AUUUCCGCUUCCGCUUCCUCGCAUCCGCUCAGGUCGGAGUCUAGUGCUCGAGCGGGGAGGUUGUGGCGUCUUGCGUGUUUGAGAUUUAAGCUCCAGCCAGGAUGAUCGAGGUUGUCUGCAACGACCGUCUGGGGAAGAAAGUCCGCGUUAAGUGCAACACCGAUGACACCAUCGGGGACCUUAAGAAGCUGAUCGCAGCCCAGACGGGGACCCGCUGGAACAAGAUUGUCCUUAAGAAGUGGUACACGAUUUUUAAGGACCACGUGUCGCUGGGGGACUAUGAAAUCCACGACGGGAUGAACCUGGAGCUUUAUUACCAAUAGAGCAGAAUUCCUGCCCCCCUCACCCCCGCUUCGCCCUCCUGCCCCACCCGCACCCCUGCACGGGUAUGGAUGCUUGUUUUUAAAAACUCUCGUUAAUAAAAGCCUACAUGCUG